AUGUCGCGUGCACAACAGCCCUCGAUCCUCUCCUUCUUCCAGCCCAACAACAAGCAGCAGCCGCCGAAACAUGCUGCCCCUCCAAUAUCACAGGCCCACCAGCAGCAGCAGCCACUACAACAAAUUCCUUCGCCUGUUCCUCCUCCUCCGCCACCCCCACCACAGCCCGUCGCACCCGUGAUCUUAGCCUCACCAGUCACCGCCCUGCCGCCCUCGACGCCCUCCCCACACCCCUCCGCGACCAUCGUCCCCGUGACGGACGCCCACAUCCCCGCCCUGCGCCGCAUAAACGCCCUUCUCCUGCCCGUCAACUACACCGACAGCUUCUACAAGGCCAUCCUCGACCCGGCGCAGUCGGGCCUCUUCAGCCGCGCCAUCCUCUUCAGCGACGGCGCAGAUGGCCCAGGCCUCGCUGCCCCGGCAGCGCCCAAGGUCGUCGGCGGCAUCAGCCUCGGCGUGCUCGCGCCCUACCGCGGCCUGGGGCUGGCCGCCGCCGCCGUCGAGGGCAUCUUCGACGCCGUGCGCGCAGUCGCCGCCGACGCGCGCGGCAACGGGCUCAACAUCGGCUGGGUCUACGCCCACGUCUGGACCGAGAACCACGACGCGCUCGAGUGGUACGCGAGGAGGGGCUUCGAGAGGGACGCCAGGCUCGAGAACUACUACUUCAAGCUGCAGCCGGGCAGCGCGUGGGUCAUGAAGCGGCGGGUGCUGCCAUUGGGGUUGGGGGACGAGGCCGGCGGCCAGCGCGCGUGGGCCGCCACAAAUGGCCAUGCCGCACACCACCAGCCCUCUGCCGUCCCGGCGAGCGUCACCGCCGCGGCCGUGAACCUACCCGGGUUCUCUCCUGCGGGCGGCGUGCCGACACCGCCACCGUCGGCUGCGAACGGCCCGCCGCCAGCCGCUCGCCCCGGCCCGCCAGGGUCAUCUCUGUCCUUCCAGAACAAGCGGCCGGAUAUGGAGUGGAACGACCUGCCCGAGGAUAUGGUCGCCGCGGCGCGCACCACCUCCCGGACCAAGGACCUCCUCUCCCCGCCGACGGGGUCGGGCUCGAGCUCGAGGAGCAGCUCGACGGCGGGGCGCAAGAAGAAGGACAGGGCGUAUCCCACCGCUGCGUUCGGGAGCUGA